CCGCAGUUCCUCAGGGGCCUGUGACGCCACACAGGUCGUCGAGAAGGCUGUCGGUGGGGUCGUGGAGAAGGCCGAGCUGUUUACGCCAGGCGCUCUCUCCCGGCUGGAAGGAGGAGGAGGAGCGGGGGCACGGAUAUGGCCGCCUGUAACACCUGCGCAGCGGCCGCGCGGCUCCUCAGCUCCUCGCUGCCGUCCGCGCGCAGAGGUAUUACAUGUGGCCGUUCUUGCCUUCCUAUUUUAGGAAUAAUUGGGACUUUUGAAGCACGGUCACUAAGAAGUAUUCCCUUGAGAACUUUCUCUGAAACACCGGCAUAUUUUGCUUCAAAGGAUGGUGCAAGCAAAGACGGUUCAGGAGAUGGGAGUAAGAAAACUGUUAGUGAAGGCAACAGCAAGAAGUCAAGUUCUGGAGGCUCCGGCAAAGGUGGAAACCAACUGCGUUGCCCAAAGUGUGGUGACUUAUGCACACACGUGGAGACCUUUGUGUCUUCUACCCGCUUUGUGAAAUGUGAAAAAUGCCACCACUUCUUCGUCGUGUUGUCAGAAGCAGAUUCCAAGAAGAGCAUCAUUAAAGAACCGGAAUCUGCAGCCGAAGCUGUGAAGUUGGCCUUCCAACAGAAGCCGCCACCUCCACCAAAAAAAAUUUAUAACUACCUCGACAAGUAUGUUGUUGGCCAGUGUUUUGCCAAGAAGGUGCUUUCGGUCGCAGUGUACAAUCAUUAUAAGAGAAUCUACAACAAUAUCCCUGCCAACCUGAGGCAGCAAGCUGAAGUUGAAAAGCAAACUUCCUUAACACCAAGAGAAUUAGAAAUCAGAAGACGGGAGGAUGAGUACAGAUUUACAAAACUUCUCCAGAUUGCUGGUAUUAGCCCCCAUGGCAAUGCUUUGGGAGCGUCAAUGCAGCAGCAGGUGAACCAGCAGAUGCCCCAGGAAAAGCGAGGAGGUGAAGUGUUAGAUUCAACUCAUGAUGACAUCAAGCUUGAAAAAAGUAAUAUUUUGCUUCUUGGACCAACUGGAUCAGGUAAAACCCUGCUGGCUCAGACUCUGGCGAAAUGCCUGGACGUCCCUUUUGCAAUCUGUGAUUGUACCACUUUGACUCAAGCAGGCUACGUGGGAGAAGAUAUUGAGUCUGUUAUUGCAAAACUACUGCAGGAUGCAAACUACAAUGUAGAAAAAGCUCAGCAAGGAAUUGUUUUCUUGGAUGAAGUGGAUAAGAUUGGCAGCGUGCCAGGCAUUCAUCAGUUACGUGAUGUGGGAGGAGAAGGCGUUCAGCAAGGCUUGUUAAAGUUACUGGAAGGGACAAUUGUGAAUGUUCCAGAGAAGAACUCCCGUAAAUUACGUGGUGAGACUGUGCAGGUUGACACAACCAACAUCCUCUUUGUGGCUUCUGGUGCUUUUAAUGGUCUUGACAGAAUCAUCAGCCGGAGGAAAAAUGAAAAGUAUCUUGGCUUUGGAACUCCAUCAAAUCUGGGGAAGGGCCGAAGGGCUGCAGCAGCUGCAGACAUAGCUAAUGUAGGUGGAGAUUCCAGCACUCAGCAGGACAUGGAAGAAAAAGAUCGCUUGCUUCGGCACGUGGAGGCACGAGAUCUUAUUGAAUUUGGCAUGAUCCCCGAGUUUGUGGGGCGUUUGCCAGUGGUGGUUCCCCUGCACAGCCUUGAUGAGAAAACCCUUGUACGGAUUCUUACCGAGCCUCGGAAUGCAGUGAUUCCCCAAUACCAGGCAUUAUUCAGCAUGGAUAAGUGUGAAUUGAAUGUUACUGAGGAUGCCCUAAAGGCUAUAGCCAGGUUGGCCUUAGACCGCAAGACUGGUGCAAGAGGUCUUCGAUCUAUAAUGGAAAAGUUACUGCUGGAACCCAUGUUUGAAGUACCCAAUUCUGACAUUGUAUGUGUGGAUGUUGACAAAGAUGUCGUAGAAGGAAAGAAGGACCCAGGAUACGUCAGAGCUCCAGCUAAAGAUGCUUCUGAAGAAGAAUACGAUUCAGGAGUAGAAGAAGAAAACUGGGCUCGCCAAGCAGAUGCUGCAAACAAUUAAAUGCUGUCAGAAUGCUCUGCAGAAAAUGCACUUAAUGGGGAUUUUGUUUUUAAGACCACAUCCGGCUUUUUAGCCUCUUUGAUAACAUUGGAUCUCUCCUGAAUAUGAUACAUGUUCGGAAAAUGUUGGCAGCGCUAAUGGAAAUCAGAUCAAGUAUUUUGCGUAACAUCACACUGAUUAUUUUUUUUGGUGGACACUUGGACUUCAGUGACAUAAUUUUCAGAAAUGAAAUGUAUAUGAUGUUUUGUUCAGUUAAAAAACAACAAAAUAUGCUCUUUUUUAGUGCUGAGCUGAAAAGGUGGACUCCCCUUGUAAAAUUCAUCCCUUUCUCCUUUGGGGCACUUUUUUAGCCAUUUAUUACCACUGGGAGCACUGAAGAGUUAAUGCACCCCCUCCAAAACAUACACACACACAAAACCUGCACUGUACCCUACAAUUUGAUGAAGGCAGCAGUGCUCCAUUGCGACCCUCUUCUCAACUGCAGCUGGUGCCAUUUUUUGUUCCAAUUUAGAUUUCAUCCUAGUAGCAAUGACAUAGCCAGAUCUGAUCAGCUACAUGCCUGUGUGACAAUAGUCACUGAGGUCAAACAAUGCUAAUUCUUGGAAUAGCUUUUUCCCAUCAUACAACAAAAAUCUGGCUGCAUGGCAACAUCAUUGUUACUAGGAUCAAUGGAAAGGUUAUUUUUCAGACUGAACCAGUAUGAAAAAAGUAAGAUUUUGAGGAAACCUCUGGCCCCCUCAAAAGUUCCUUUUUUCUACUGAAUGUACUUCCUGAAGAACUUUCAGCUCAGCCCUAGCUUUUUCAGUUCUAGAAUGCAAUGCAGGUAUUGCCAAUAGUAUUUUACAAUAAUUAUACUACACAAUUUGAGCAGGGAAACAUAACACACAAAUAUUUUGAAUCUACUUUUGUUUGAAAGACCAUUCAGUAUGCGCUAAAUAUCUUUUCUGCUUUAAAUGCAGUGGGUGCUAAAGGUACUUGUUUCAUUUAUAAUGAAAACUGCUCUUAAAAACUGGAUAUGAAAGAUUUAGGACAGUACUUUCUGGUCCCCAAACUCCAUAUUAGUCAAACCAGCGGGACUGCUCUAGAAUAAACAGGUUGUGGAUUGACCUUAUUUUAGAGCAUACUGCACCACUUUACUAAAAACUUACUGUAAUAUGUUAAAAAUAAUUGGAUAUAAUACCAAAGGGUUCAUUCAUUUUUACUUACCUUGAUUAAAUAUCACAUGUAGGUUUUGGAGG